GUGUGCUUAACCUACCAGUUUUUUAAGCCGCCGGGUUCGUCGUUCACUCGCGAAAAUGUUGGGCAAGCACGAGAGGGGCCCCCGGAACGUGCAGCUCCCUCCGAGCGUCACGGUGUCCGCGUUCACCGCGGCCCGCGUCAAAGAAAUCCAAGCCAUGACGAAAGCCCUAAAACAAGACACGGGCACGAAGCUCGUGUUCCAGCGGCUGCCGCGGCACAUGAGGCGCCGCGCCAUGUCCCACAACGUUAAAAGGCUGCCGCGGAGGCUUCGCGAGAUCUACGCGCGGCAAAUGAAGAAAGGCGGACUGCCCCCGAAACAGAAAAGGCCUUCGAGGAAGUUCCGGCGCAGGCCGCAGGAUCUCGUCGAAGAGUACGCGCGUCGCAAACGCAGAGUAUCGUGGCUAUGGACUCACAUCUGGCACGCUAAAAGGUUCCGCAUGGUCGAAAAGUGGGGUUACAAGUUGCCGUGGUGCCCGUGUGAUAAAUCCUUCAGGGCUUGUUACCGCGCCACCGCCAAACAUUGCCUGAUUCAGGACGUCUCAUAUUGUCGAUGCGUCCAAGUCAGCGGCGCGCGAGAUUUUAUCCUCCAGGGGUUGAAAAAAAUUACGGACCCCUCGUGCGGGUUGACCCCCGCGGCGAAGUGCUACUGGGGCGGUAAACGGGGGGGCACCGUAACGUUAUUUGGGGUUAUAGGCAAAGCGAUCGGCCCCGUAGAAUUCUUGUGGAACUCCGCGAUGACCGGUUUGUGGUUAUUUGUUCACCCAGCGUAUUACGACACCGUUUUGGGGACCCUCGAAGUUUGUUUCCGGGCCCCGGGCGAUCUUGAAGAAUUGCACCAGGAGCUGAGCGUGUUCAGGUUAACGGGGCCCCUGUCGCACGCGGUACUCCGUAACGCGCUGCAAUUGCCCGAUUGGAGCGUCGCCGACCCGACGCUACCGGAAUGGGUCGAAAAGUGCCCGCGCGAGUACUUAAUCGAGCAAAAUCGCGCCUGGGGAUCGUUGCGGGGCCCCGGCCAGCUGUCCCCAGGCGCCGCGCUCGCUUUGGUCGUGAAAGACCCUCGGUACGGGAUUCCGGCCAAGCGUACCAAGUCGCAGGCCGAAACCGGAGGCGACGCGGAAAAUUUCCACCCCUGGGCGGAAGAUUUAGGUCGGAGCGCGUUGUGGGACGCCUCGACCCGCGCCUACCUGCGCGACAACAAAGUCCCGAACGGGGCGGUGGCCGACGCCAGGGGCAAGCUGUUGACGCCGGGCACGGAAAUCGCGAAUUCGGGACAACUCGUGCCUGUGGUACUGGUCCAGAGGCCCGGGGUCCGGUCGGGCCCCAAUACCGGUUACGCGGCCGGGUGGGACAUCAUUUUGCCGUCGAGUUACGCGCAGGCGUUCUGGCUGGCGUUUAUAAUGCGGGGCGCGCGGGCGGGCGGGCUCCGCGAAACGCGCUCAAUCGACUUCGAAAUGUCGCGGUCGGGGCGGCUGCGACCCGACACGCUGGCGGGGGCGGCCGAAGACCGCGACGAUUUCGCCGCCGGCAGGGCCAAGUUUUUCCGCUUGCCGCCCAACAAAAGGACGAACUUCAACAAGUACGCGAUAGCGUCUCCGCUCGGCUUCCGUUGGGACCUGCUCGUCGACGAGUGGCGGCGUGCAGGAGAGACGGCCGGCGACUUCGCUGUUCUGCGCGACAGAAACGUCUUGCGCGGCGUUCAGGAUUACUUGGACGCGAAGGCGGAACUGCCGUCCCGUUUGGCGAGCCUGUUGAUCCCGGUCGAGGUGACGCCGUCGAAAAAGGGCUCGUGCCGCAAAUACUCGAUCAUAUGCGUGCCGAAACCGACGGAUCACGGCGGAGACCCGGUCGAGCCGGCGUGCCGUGACGUCAACGCGGCGACGCGAACGCGCCUGCGCGCCGAGCACAAAGCGCUGCUCGGUCGGCUCGGCAGGCGUAGGAAACGCGCGAGGCGGGGCGGCAAGGAAGUGGCGCCGCCCGACGCCGAAGCUCUCGAAAAAUACACCGCGGAGAUGCGCGGACUGUGGCUCCCCGACGCGACGACGGUGCGCGCGUCGUGCUCGAGGCAGGUCGCCGGUUUCGUCACUCACGGCGACUUUUCCUUCGCGACGGGCGGCGCCAAGGGCGUCGGAUACGUCGCGGCGGGCGCGUUGUGCGAACUCGGCGCUCCGCCCCACCGUCGCCGGGUGCUUGUCCGGAACACCAACUCGAGGCUGUACCGCUGGGCCUCGAUAAGGGUCAUAUGCGAAUAGAGCGACGUUGCCACAUGUAUAUUUGUAAUCGAGAAUGGUCUAUUGUUUAUAUAACGCUCACAAGCAGCCUCUUGUUUUGAGCCUGUCGUGUCUUAGAGGGGGGAUAAUAGAUCAACCUUGCCAUAUCUACGUCACCACUGGCCUUAGGUAAUAAAGCCACACGUAUAUUUGUUUUAUUUUUUUACCGAAAUUGGUCUUUUAUUGAUAUAACAUCCAUGCCCGGCCGCCUAUGAUGCCCAACUUUUUUUACGCUUGUCGUGUUUUAAGAGGGACAAGAAAAGCCAAAUUGUCACAUUUAUAUAGAGGUUGAUACUCGGUCUCCCUUGGCCGUUAUUAUUAUUAUGAUUAGUGUCACUUAUAUAUUCGUUCUAUUUCUAAUCUAGAAUGAUCUUUUGCAGAUGGAAGGUAUAUUGUAAUUUUAAUUGAGGAUCCUAAUUUGUUUAAAUGGACGACCAUUGUUAUUAUCUGUCUACAAUUUAUCCAUGCCCGGCCGUCCAACUUUUUUUACGCACCUCUUGUCUUAAGAGGACUGAAAAAGCCACGUUGCCACAUCUAUAUGUUUAACAGUUAAUACUUUUAAUCGAGAAUAGUUUUUUUUGUUUAUAUAAUGCUCAUUAUUGAUAUCUAGCUCUUCUCUUAAGCAGCGUUGCCACAUCUAUAUCACCAUUGCCACAUUUCCGUAUUUUUUCUGAAAAAAUUGACUAAUUUUCAUAAGAACGCAAAAUCAAUCUCUGAAAUCUGAUUAUAAUGGGCAACGCGCAACUAGGAGACUACUAAUAGUCUGUGCCAUAGUUGUUUACAUUUUUGGUGGUUAUGAUUCUCUCCAUAAAUUUUUCGUGUUUUUGCGAAAAAUUUGUUGUUAUAUACGGGUAAGUCUUGCCUUAUGUACAUAAUGCACAUUUUUUACGCUUCUCGUGUCUUAAGAGAGUAACUUUUUUUUAAAGCCUGUCAUGUCUUAGAGGGGGAUAAUAAAGCAAUGUUGCCACACUUAUAUCCGUUUUAUUUCUAAAAGAUUGGUCUUUUAUUUAUAUAAUAUGCCUGCCCGGCUGCCCUUGAUGCCCAACUUUUUUUGACGCCCUCUCGUCUUAAGAGGGUCUGGAAAAGCCACGUUGCCACAUCUAUAUAGGUCGAUACUUGCUCACCAUUGGCCAUUAUUAUUAUUGUGAUUAGUGGAGUGAGGCUAAUAAGGUGAUAUUGUCACAUGUAUAUUCGUUUUAUUUUUAAUCUAGAAUGAUUUUUUGCGGACAAAGGGCAAUAAAGCAAGGUUGUCACGUAUAGAUGUUUUGUUUUUAAGAUCCUAAUUUGUUUAUAUGAACUACCAGUAUGCUACAUAUAAUGCAUAUCUUUGUUAUUAUCUGUCCUUGUCUAAAAUUGUUAUGUCGUGUAAGGGGGUUUUAAGUUUUCUUGGUUAUACAACACCCUUAUUCCUUCUUUAAAUUUAUAUUGGAGGUACAUCACGCGACGUUGCCACAUCUGUAUUUGUAAA